AUGCACCCCUCGGCCGCGUCUCCCUCCGCGAGCACGGCGCCGCCGGGGUUCGCCCUCGGCCGCGUCUCCCUCCGCGAGCACGGCGCCGCCGAGGCGGAGACCCCCUCGCCGCAGGAGGAGAUCCCCUCGCCGCAGGAGAUGAUCCCCUCGCCGCAGGAGGAGAUGAUCCCCUCGCCGCAGGAGGAGCCCCCCUCGCCGCAGGAGGAGACGAUCCCAUCGCCGCAGGAGGAGAUGAUCCCCUCGCCGCAGGAGGAGCCCCCCUCGCCGCAGGAGGAGACGAUCCCAUCGCCGCAGGAGGAGACGACCCCUUGGCCGCAGAUCGUCCCGCUCUCAGGCGACAAGGCCUUCUUCACCAUUGUCUUGUCUAAGGGCCAUGUAGAGAAGCCUGCCCAGCUGGUUUGUAUAGAGGAGAUCCCGAGUCGUCUCCACUCCCACCUGCCGGGCUCGCGCGUCCCAGCAGUGCUCCUGUUCGGCAACCAGUCAUGGGCAGUGACCUACUGUGGUGAACUCAAGUGCAAGAAGCUCGGUCCGGGGUGGAGGGACUUUGUCGUCGCCAACCGUCUGCGCAUCGGGGACGCCUGCGUCUUCGAGCUCAUCACGCUAGUUGCUGGAGGAACUGGGAGUGAGGGUGAUGGGAAGGUGGUGUUCCGGGUGUAG